AUGCUGAAAAAAAAUACAAGUCAUAAUAGAUUAGGAAUGACAUAUAAUUUGACCUCCAUUGAAGAAAGAAUAAGGAUUAUGGAGUUAAAGAGAUUAGGAAAGAAGUCCAAAGAGAUUGCAUAAAUUAUGAACAAAAAAAUAAAGUCGAUUGAAUCUAUUAAAAGAAUAGAAAGACAAUCAUAAUACAAGGAAUUUAAAUAGAAGGUGAUUUAAUAUGGCUUAAAGUUAUCCUAAUAAUAAAUUGAUCCUGAUGUAAAAGUCUGAAAUAUUUUAGAUAAUGAAUAAGAAAAAAAUUAUCAAAAAGGUUAGAAUAAUUAUUAAUUAAAUCUUAAAUCAUAAUGAUGAGUUUAGAUUAUUGAUUCCUAUAAGUAGAUAAUCUUCAAAUUAGAGAAGAAUUAAAGAUAGCAUUGUACAAAUUGUUACAUAUCAUUUAUUAUCAAAUAAAAAUACUAGUGACGAUAAUAAAUAACAAAUUAAUGAUAAAAAUGAGAUUUAUAUUCAACAUAUUAAAAAGAAUAUUGAAAAAUAAUAAUUCUCAAAUUCGAAUCAAGAAUCUUCAAAAGAAGAAAUAGACAUUGAUGAUUAUUAAAAUUAUUUCACCAUUGAUCUUGUGACACCAUAGCAUCUAAAUUUGGAAAUGAAAAAAAUAAAUUUCUUUUAACAGUAUUAAAGAUUUAGUGAAAUCAAUCAACUUGAAGACUCAACAACAACUUAUGAAAAUAACAAUGAAAAAUUUAAAUAACUUGUCGAUAAGUCUUCACAAACCCAUGAAUUUGGAUUAUGA